UUGCUCAGAUUUUCAAAUUACAUGUCUUCUUUGCUGAAUAAAAAUGUAUUUGGUUCAGGAUUCAUAAACACUAGAGAUUUAUUGAUAGGAAAACUUGUCACUCAAGAAUUUCCUGCAACUUUAAUUUUCGAUAAUACUUUAUAUAAUGAAAAUAAAAAUAAUAGAGAAAGUAACACCAAAGAUAGAAUGUCUUUUGGAAUAGAAGCAAAAUCCUUGUUACAAAAAAAAGAAGAUAUAAUCAAUUAG